ACACAAACCACAAGCAGGCCCUGUGUGAACUUGACAAGAGUGAUUAGAAGAUCUGAAUCCUCAUAUCCUGGUGAUUUAAAAUCUGACAACAUGGAGCCAGGAGAAGAAGCAGCAGGAGAACAAAGGACAACUCUACAAUACACACUGCAAGCAACUUGGAAACCAAAACCACUAACAGUAACAAUAGCAGUCACAGUAGCAUUAGCAGUAAUAGUAACAAUGUCAGGAAUAACUAUAGCUGACACAGUAAUAGGAGCAGCAGCAGGAUCUGCAGCUGGAGUAAGCAUUUUACAAUCAUUAUGGGAAGAAGAAACAAAAACAGGAGAAGUAUUAGUUACAGCAGUAGCAGGAGGCCUAGCAGGAAUAGCAGCAGCAAUAUUGAGAUCAAUGGUAGGAGCACAGUCACUAACAGCAUCAGCAGUAACUGGAGCAAUGGCUGGAGCUGCAAUAGUACCAAUAGCAAGAACACAAUUACAAUGGGUGGUAAAUAAAAUACAGGUUGUAAUAGAUAAGUUACAGUGGGUUUUAGCCUUGAUAAAAAGAGUAAAAGCCGCAGUAAAACGGUGUUUAAAGGCGUUACCCACUGCAACACUAAUUGUAGGAUCAGGAUCUGCAGCAAUAGCAGCUGCAGCAUCACAAACAGGACCAGUAGCAGCACAAAUAGGAUCAGUAGUAUCACAGGCAGAAUCAGCAGCUUCUAAGGCAGAAUUAGUAACAUCAGGAGGGGUAUCACAGGCGGAAUCAGCAGCAGCAUCACCGGCAGAAUCAGUAACAUCAGGAGGGGUAUCACAGGCGGAAUCAGCAGCAUCACAGGCAGAAUCAGUAACAUCAGGAGGGGUAUCACAGGCGGAAUCAGCAGCAGCAUCACCGGCAGAAUCAGUAACAUCAGGAGGGGUAUCACAGGCGGAAUCAGCAGCAUCACAGGCAGAAUCAGUAACAUCAGGAGGGGUAUCACAGGUGGAAUCAGCAGCAUCACAGGCAGAAUCAGUAACAUCAGGAGGGGUAUCACAGGCAGAAUCAGUAACAUCAGGAGGGGUAUCACAGGUGGAAUCAGCAGCAUCACAGGCAGAAUCAGUAACAUCAGGAGGAAUAUCACAGGCAGAAUCAGCAGCACCAAAAGCAGAAUUGGCAGUAUCAGAAGGAAUAUCACAAUCAGAAUCAGUAGCACCACAAGCAGAAUUAUCAGUAUCACAGACAGAAUCAGCAGCAUCAAGAGGAGCAUCACAGCCAAAAUCAGCAGCAUUACAAGCAGAAUCAGCAUUAUCAGGAGGAGCAUCAAAAGCAGAAUCAGCUGCAUCACAAGGAGCAUCACAGCCAGAAUUAGCAGAAUCACAAGCAAAAUUAGCAAUAUCAGGAGGAGCAUCACAAGCAGAAUCAGCCGCUUUAGGACGAGCAUCAUUGGCAGUAUCGGCAGCAACAAGAGGAGCAUCACAUGCUGUUUUAGAAGCAUCACAAGGACCAUCACUGGCAGUAUCAGGAGGAGCAUCGCUGGGAGUUUCAGCAGUAGCAGGAGGAGCAUCACUGGGAGUUUCAGCAGCAUCAGGAGGAGCAUCGCUGGGAGUUUCAGCAGCAGCAGGAGGAGCAUCACUGGGAGUUUCAGCAGCAUCAGGAGGAGCAUCGCUGGGAGUUUCAGCAGCAGCAGGAGGAGCAUCACUGGGAGUUUCAGCAGCAUCAGGAGGAGCAUCGCUGGGAGUUUCAGCAGCAGCAGGAGGAGCAUCACUGGGAGUUUCAGCAGCAGCAGGAGGAGCAUCACUGGGAGUUUCAGCAGCAGCAGGAGGAGCAUCGCUGGGAGUUUCAGCAGCAGCAGGAGGAGCAUCACUGGGAGUUUCAGCAGCAGCAGGAGGAGCAGAACUGGGAUUAUCAGAAGCAGCAGGAGUAGCAUCAUGGGGAGUUUCAGCAGCAUUAUCAGGAGCAACUGGAUUAAGCCAAGGAUUAUUGGCAGGAUUAGGAUUUGUGGCAGGAGCUGCAAAAUCUGCAAUGUUUGGAUCGCAUAGGCACAGAAAAUUACAGACAAAAGCAGUAGAGAUGCUUGUAACUCAUACCAAAGUCCAUGAAUCUUCAAAGAGAGACAAAUUUCCACAGGCAGACUGGUCACGGACCAAGAAGACAGAAAGAGAGCAGCCUCUUCUAAUGCCAGGAGAUGAAUAA